AUGAAACGAAAGGCAGAGCCAGACACGGAAGAGAUGACGUCAUCAAAAGGCCCGUCAACCUCGAAAAAGUUAGCACCAGAUACAAAUAAUGACUUUAUAAAUGAAACGAGUCGCCGAGCACGUGGCAACUGGGCUUGUCUUGCCGAAAAGAUGCGUCGAACGACGCGACCGCCACGCCGUGCGAAAAAAUCGGAUCGAAGUCUACGCUCAACGUUGCGUCUCUUCUCGAUGACAUCGUCAGAUUCAGAAGCCGAAGACGAUGUGUACUCGUUAUGUGUGCGUGACUCACCGUUCUGUAUUGACAUAGCGCUGCCUGAGGAUCGGACGUCUUUACGUCACAUCGCUGGCUUCGACAACACCGGCAACGUGCGCAUAUGGCCGGGAGGUGAGGCGCUCGCUUACUACUUGUCAAUCCGACCGCCGCUGGUGUCGGGUAAAUUGGUGCUGGAGCUAGGAGCAGGUCUCAUUGGACUACCGGGUUUUAUUGCUGCCAUCUACGCAACACGGGUCAGAAUUACGGACGGCAAUGAGCAUUCAGUAGCGUCUCUCCGAGAUAUCGCCAAGCGAAAUCCGCUCCCAAACGUUGAAAUCGAGCUCUUGAGAUGGGGAGCCGGGCCAGAUGAGAAGAAAUUCGACCUUAUUCUAGCCGCAGAUUGUGUAUUUUUUGCAGAGUAUCAUGAAGAUUUGGUCUCUGUGCUCAAAGCAGCUGACGAUGUCGUGCAAAGGCUUCGCGAGGAUGGUGUAGGGCAAACUUCGUUCCAUCCAGAUGUGAUAGCCCAAGUGAGCGCAUUGAUAUGGGACACCGUGACUGGUGACUGGACCACUGAUCUCCUUGCUUUUUCCAGCCAUGCUGGACGCCAGAAUGUGAAUGCUGCAGAUGUAGCUCUUCUAAUGAGAAGGAAUAAGCAACUGCUGAACAUGGUCUCCAAAGCUGCGGACAUUGAUCUGGGUGAUUUUGAGCGUCCAGUAACGAAACGACAGCGUCUAAACGGCAAGGAACUAGGCAACAGCAGACGAGGCUCUCGUGCGAGAUUGGGGACCAAAAAUGGCGCUGCGUCAUUGCGAGCGGCUAGAUUGACGCCGCUCUCGAAUUUGGACGAAAAUUCUCGCUCCUCACCUUCAGCAGAGAAAAAGAGACAAAACGAAGAUGAAGUUAUGGUUUUCGAUGAUAUGGAAGAUGCAGAAGAAAAAGAGAGUUUUGACAAAGUUGCUCUGGUUAUGGGUGCUGUGCUGGAAGGAUCUAAACACAGUAGGAUGCAAAAUGAAGAAAAUAUACGUCUUUCUUCUAUGGACAUCUUACCUACACUAGAGGAGCCUCCGCUGUGUGCUAGCACACCCUUUUCACCAGCGCCCACACUACGGAGAUCUCAGCGAAAGAAAUUGGAUAACCCAGGCAUUGACAGCAGUGCCCAGGGAUCGUCUAAGGUCCCCAAAAAUGUCAGCAGUGGAAUUUCUACACCUGUGAAGCAAGCUCUCGAUAUGAAAACAAAUAAGUGUAUGAUUGAUGAGAGCACACCAUCGAAAUCAAGCAUCUGCUCCGAGAAGAAGACAGCGAGUCCUGACUUAUUUAAUACUCCUUUGAAAGAAAAUAGUUCUGAUGGGUUUGAUGAUCUGUUUGACAUUCCUGACAAGAUACAGCAGGCCGAGACUUCCAAGAAUAAGGGAAAGAACAUCGGUCCCGUUGCAAGAUCAAAUGACGGAUGGUCAGUGAAAUUUUCGGAGUUCUCCUUUUUCGAUGAUGAACCACAAAAGCUGCAACCAGAUGGUGAGGAAGAUCGGCAAUCUUCUAUCCCAAAGUCAAGCCGUCCGACUCCAUGCAAUAGUGGUGGCAGUGAGCAGCUGUCUACAACUCCGAAGCUUACCAACAGCGCGGUGUCUGAAGUCAGGAACUCGCGAUCUAACGCUGCAACUUCGAAGAUGAUUAGGCUUAGUAACUCGAAACGCAGAAAUCGGCUGGAAACGCCUACAACAACACCAAAAAGCGGGUUUGGUGCGACUAAGUCGGAUGCAAGAAAGAGCGCGGAAAGGGUGGAAAAUUCCAAGAAAACCAUUGUGUUGGAUGAGUUUGAUUCUGAUGAAGAGUUUUUCGCUCUGAAGUUACUGACCUUAAGGUCUUGCAUGUCUUGUGAGGCCUCCACCAGCCACGCAGACCAGUGCGAACACGAUCACAAUGGGAUUGCGCUAGGACCAGAAACAGAGCUGGACAGUGAGAUCAAAGAAGCCGAAAAAAUUUUGAAUGCAUUCCUCAGUUAUGGUUUACAUGGCCGAGAAGUGGCCCUCAGAACUAUGAUGUCUUACAAGCAACUUUCACCUGAUCACAAAAGCAUUAUACUCAAAUCACACAAUGACCAUAUGCGAAAGGUGCUCGAAUGUGUAGAUCACAACCAGGAAGUUCUUCAAAGAAUUGUGAUGUAUGGUAUGAACGUGUUCGGCGAGGAGUUCGCUGAGAAGACAUGGAAAAUAAGACAGAAACGGCGUCCUGAUCCACACUACAUGGGGAAAGUUCUGAGUACUUUAAGGCAGAUUGUGAGAGAGUGGAGUCUCGAAGGUAAAUCUGAACGUGAGGCCACCUUUGUGCCCCUUGUAGAGGUGCUGCGGAAAAAAUAUCCUGACCGGGACUUGAGAGGAGCGGUAAAAAUAAUGGUACCUGGCUCGGGGCUUGGUAGGCUGGCCUUUGACCUAGCAGAGGAAGGUUUUACUGUGGAAGGCAACGAAUAUAGCAUGAUCAUGUUGAUGACGUCAUCAUUCCUGUUGAACGGCUGCCUGAAGGAAAACGAGCACUUCAUAUACCCAUAUACUCUCGAUAAAAGCAAUUGCUGGUCAUAUGCUGAUCAAACGAGACCAGUCUACUUUCCAGACACUGGGAAGACGCAAAGGGAGGUCCCCUUGAACUUCUCCAUGAUUGCGGGAGACUUUCUGGAAGUGACUAAGUCGAGAUGCGAAACAUUUGAUUGUGUGGUAACGGCAUGGUUCAUCGAUACAGCGAAGAAUGUUAUUGAUUAUAUAGAAACCAUCUACCGGCUACUGAAACCGGGAGGUUUUUGGUUGAAUGUCGGCCCACUCACCUAUCACUACGAGGACAUGCUAGACGAGAUGUCGAUCGAACUUCCAUACGAGGAGAUAAUGAGAAUUGUGCAGCUGACAGGUUUCGAAGUUGUGAAAGAGGAAAGAAUCACCAGCUACUAUACAAGAAACCGUUUGUCAAUGUUACAGAAUCAGUAUACUUGCGCAUUUUUUGAAGCUCUCAAAACCGCCAAAGGUGUUAAAAUGGCGAGUCCCUCAAAAGCGAGCCCACCAACAGAGGGGCCUGUUGAUUCCUAGCUAAUCUAGUAGACCGUGACAGUAAAAAAUCUUUGUAUCGAAAUUUUGAGUUCGUCAAUUGUCAUUAAUGUAC